AUGCAAGGAGAACGUUGGAGAAAUCCUAGCAAAGUUAGUUAUCAGGAAGAAAACAGCCCCAGAUGGAGGGCUGAAUUUUUCGCCCCAGUUUUCAAAGAGAUAACGCAAAGCUUACCAGAGGUAAUGGAGAUUCAGUCGCAAAACAGACGGAUUAGACUCCUGGCAACAAUGGUGCCUGAUGAAUUGGUGAAUACAGCCAAUCUUCUUAAAAAGGAUCCCAGGACAUUUAUCGGGAUAGUUUUGUUGGCUGAUGUUUCCGGAUUGACGAUGCUUUGUGAAAUGUAUAAACACGCUGGCCAAGGUGGCUCCAUCAGUCUAAACGCAACUCUAAAUGCUUACUUCGGUUACAUUGUCCAAGCUGUUUAUUCCUACGGCGGUGAUGUCAUCAAAAUUACAGUGAGGUUUACUGUCUCCGCUGGAAACCUGACUUUCAUGGUAAUCGGCGGGAAUGGCAGUUAUCACUAUCUUUUGGCUGGUCCACCGCUGGAAGAAGUCAAACUGGCUAAAAAGGUUUGCCUACCUGGCGAUCUGGUGCUGGCUGGAAGUGCCUGGGGACAUUGCAAUCCUUCAACCUACGAAUACGUGAUUAAGGACACUUACAACGUGAAGAUACAGAGUUUAAAAACGUCUGCCAGGCAAGCCGCAAAAAGAACAACCAUACUUGGGAAAUCGGACAGCUCAACGAGGACGAAAUUGUUUACAGUUGACGAGAAUUUUUCGGUAUAUUGGGAGAGAAUCGAUCCUUACGACGAUUUGAUCAUUGCUGCUCGGCCGGCGAUCACCGAGGCCAUACUUCGUCAAAUUGGUAAACAGCUAAGGACAUUCGUCGUCGAAUCAGUACUUCGUCUGACAGAUACUGAUCAGCCCUUGGAAUAUUUGACAGAAUUUCGGCAAGUAACAGCGAUGUACGUAAAUGUUAUACCGAUGAAAUGUUCUGUUCAAGAUCUACUUAGAUUGGUCGAUGACAUCUUUGUACACUUAGUUGGCAUGAUCAAGGAUCGGGGAGGAUGCGUAAUCAGAGUGUGGUUAUUUCACAAGGACAUCAGUUUUCUCACUGUGUUCGGGCUCGAGAAAAAUUCAAAUGAAUCCGUUAGCAAGACUGCUUUGCAAACUGGUGUCGAAGUGCGAAAUUUAUUAAAAAAUUUCUACGGUGUGCAAAAAGUUUCCGUCAGCAUUACAACCGCACAGGUCACCUGUGAUCUGACAACAUUACUGCGCAGCGACUUGCCGUGGGACAGAUUCAUUCAGCAAGACAGCAAGAUGCUUAAGGGUGUCGGAUUUAGCGUAAUCUACGAAUAUAUCGAUGAUAUCGCGAAUUUCGGGAAAACGGACCCCGAGCUGCUUACCGGAUACCCGAUUUUAGGCCGGAAAGUCGAGAUGAAUAUUCUGAGUCUCUCAUUGGACGACAUCGGGCUAGCAAACCGGGAACAUGCUGGAAUUUUGGUGAAAGGUCAAAGUGGCAGUGGAAAAUCAAGGCUCCUCGACGGAUUCGUGACCCUGAUCAAAUCCAGAGAUAUAGCCACGGUCACACUAACUCUGACUCCAGAGUUCGCGAUCGAACCUUAUUCCGUGAUCUAUCCCAUACUUACCGAGAUCCUCGAUAUCGAUGAAUACUGUUCGGUUGAAGUGAGAGAGCAAAAGAUGGUGAAACAAUUAGGUAAUGUAGUUUCACUAGAGGAAUUUUGUUACCUAAACGAAAUCAUGAGGGUGAGAUUCCCUAUUUCGAAGCGAUGUACUUCAGAACCCGAAUUUGAGCGACAGGCACAGACUGUCAAGAUCUUGAAGGGGAUUUUUGCUAUGCCAAAAGUGAGGCGGUGCAUACUGAUCGACAAUGUACAAAACAUGGAUCUCGAGUCUUGGCAGCUGCUCUCCCUUAUCCUGGACGUGAAACAUAUACUACUUAUCGCAUCGAUUGAAAUACCGCUUGAUGAUCUCGUGCCUAAAGCCGUUUCCGCAAUUUACGCGGAUAAAAGAAUAGCGCAUCUGACUCUUGAGAGAAUAAAUCCACAGUGCUUAACUGCUCUCGCCUGCCAAAUACUCAACGUACAAGCCAUACCGGAAUUCCUUGAAAGGCAACUGCAUUCGAAACCGAAUAAAAAUCCGAGCUACUGUCAGGCGCUUCUCACUGCAGCCCUGAGCCACGGAGGCCUUCAACGUGUCGAAAUGACCCCCAAGAAGGCCACCGAGUACAAGCUUAUGUUCUCACCGGUCCAUAUGCUAACCAAAAUACCGUUGUGCGCUCUUCCCGAGGAUGUGGCACCCGCUCUUCCUUGGGAACGUCGGCUCAAGAUCCACGCUUGCCUCAUCAGCAACUAUCAUCAAUUUGAAUCCAGUUGUCAAAGCCUUGAAACCAACGGUAAGUAG